AAAAGAGAAAAGAAAAGCAGCCGUCGCGCUUUCGCCAUUCCCACGCCGCCGCCGCCGCCGCCGUCGCAUCUCUCCCCUAUCUGCCGCGGCGCCAUGCUCCGGCUACGAAGCUCCAUCAUCGCCCGUCUCCUCUCUUCUUCUCCAGCCACCUCUCCCGCAUCCCCUCUCCGCCGCCUCCUCUCUGUCUCUGCCGUAGCGCCCGCAAUCUCCCCAAGCGCCAGAUUCGCCGCGGAGGACUACCUCGUCGCCACCUGCGGCCUCACCCGACCUCAGGCCCUCAAGGCCGCCCCGAAGCUCUCCCACCUCAAAUCCCCCACCAAUCCCGACGCCGUCCUCGCCUUCCUCGCCGGUCUCGGCCUCUCUGGUGCCGAUGUCGCUGCCGUCGUCGCCAAGGACCCGCAGCUCCUCUGCGCCAAGGUGGAGAAAACCCUGGGCCCCAAUGUCGCGGAGCUCACCGGCCUCGGCCUCUCGCGCCCUGAGAUCGCGCGCCUCGUCCCGCUCGCCGGCGCCACUUUCCGCUGUAGAUCCAUCAUCUCCGGGCUGCAGUACUGCUUGCCCCUCUUCGGGUCCUCCGAGAACCUCCUUCGAGCUCUCAAGAGUGGCUCUGUUCUCGGCGCCGACCUCGAGCGGGUGGUCAAGCCCAAUGUCACCUUCCUGCAGGAGUGCGGGCUAGGUGUUUGCGAUAUUGCCAAGCUCUACGUGAUUAGGCCAUCGCUGCUCAGCAUCAGCACGGAACGCAUCCGGACAGCAGUGGCCUGCGCCGAAGGUCUUGGUGUACCCCGUAGGUCUCAGAUGUUCAGACAUGCGCUACAAGCUGUUGCAUUCCUCAGCGAGGAGAAAAUCGCCGCCAAAGUGGAGCACCUGAAGAAAGCGUUCAGGUGGUCGGAUGCCGAGGUGGGCAUUGCUUUUUCUAAGGCUCCAGCGUUGCUCAUGAGGGCUAAGGAAUCGCUGCAGCGCAGGUCCGAGUUCCUCAUCUCCGAGGUGGGCUUGCAACCGGCUUACAUUGCUCAACAGCCGGCAAUUGUCUGUUACAGCCUAGAGGGCCGGCUCAGGCCCCGGUACUAUGUUGUAAAGUUUCUCAAGGAAAAUGGAUUGCUCAUGCGUGACCCGAGCUACAGUACUGUUUUCAAGAAGGCUGAGAAGGUGUUCAGGGAGAAGUUCAUAUGCCCUUACAAGGAAGCUGCACCACACCUCGAAGAAGACUAUGAUGCUGCUUGUAAAGGGGAAAUAGCGGCUAAUUUCAGAUUCACAUGAGCCAAGAACGGGCUAUGAUCUGGUUGUCGGCUGUUGUAUGACUCUUAGGUGCUGGGUUGGUCGUUGCUAAUGUGUGAUGGAAUUGUUAAUUUGAUCCCUGAAUACUGAUAUGUAGUGUCAUCACUCAGCAGAGAAGAAACCAUGGAUCAGUUAUGAACUUUUUUGUCCUCA